GUUUACCAUCCAAUGAUAUCGGACCAGAAAUGAUGCUGCUCGCACUUUCGGUAAAGAUAGAAAGAAGGAAAAGACGUGUACGCACUGAAAAGCUAGGUCAAGGUUUUGAGAAAGAGCAUAUGCUUUAAAUAGACCCGCAGAACCCACGGGACUGCGCGCAAAUGCAAGGAUCAAGCAUACCUGUACAGUUUUUCUGCAUGCUGUUUUUUUAAAGGAUCAACUAUAUAAGCUGCAGCGGAUAUAAUGAUGCAGGAAGCCCCACUGCCGCUGCUGUACAUGCUGAAAACAACAAUGCAAAGGCAGCGACAGUCAAGCUCGAGCUCUGCUGUGGUUUAACCAGUCCUGUCACUUCCUCUUUGACGUGUGCAUGUUGUGGACUGUCAGCCGUACGCGCUGUUUUAAAAGCACAGGAUUUUAUUUUUUGAUUGCAUGGAGGAAACUGUCGGCCUGCUUUGCUGUUUUAUUUAGUCGGCUGAACCGGUAGCCAGCGGCUCGCUUACAGACAGCGAGGAAAUAGCGUUGCAGCGACCGGCAGACAGCUCGACCUGCGGCGGGGAUGUGUGUGAGCUAAAGCCGCCGGAUAUCGAUGGCCGCGUCGCUCUGAUCAGAGCCGCUUUGAGCUAAAACUCCGCGCCGAAGGUCUGAGAAAUGAGCUGGACUCCUUCUCUCUGAUGCACUCGAGCUAAGGGCCGUCCUGGUGGAUUUGCCCUGACCCAGCGGAGCGUUUCCAGCCCCAGCCCCGCUCCACGGCCAACAUGCUGAUCAAAGAGUACCGCAUCCCCAUGCCCAUGAGUGUGGAGGAGUACCGCAUCGCUCAACUCUACAUGAUUCAGAAAAAGAGUCGUGAAGAGAGCGAAGGCGAGGGCAGCGGGGUGGAGAUCCUGGAGAACCGACCCUACACGGAUGGCCCAGGCGGCUCUGGUCAAUACACCCACAAGGUUUACCACAUCGGCCAACACAUCCCUAGCUGGUUUCGCUCCAUCUUGCCAAAAGCCGCUCUUCGUGUGGAAGAGGAAUCCUGGAACGCCUACCCAUACACCCGCACACGCUACACGUGUCCUUUUGUCGAAAAGUUUUCCAUCGAUAUCGAGACGUACUACAAGCCGGACACGGGUUGCCAGAAUGACGUCUUCAACAUGUCCUUGGCCGAAAAGAGGCAACGGGAUAUAGAUCCCAUCGAUAUUGUGAAUGAUUUCAUCGCCCCUCAUGAAUACCUGGCUGAGGAAGACCCGAAACUCUACAAGUCAUAUAAAACCCAGCGGGGCCCCCUGUGUGACGACUGGAUCACGGAAAUCAACAACAACCCAGGCAAAAUGCCCGUCAUGUGCGCUUACAAGUUGUGUAAAGUGGAGUUUCGAUACUGGGGCAUGCAGUCCAAGAUUGAGCGCUUCAUUCACGAUGUGGGGCUGAGGAAGGUGAUGGUGCGCGCUCAUCGGCAGGCCUGGUGUUGGCAGGACGAGUGGUACGGUCUGACCAUGGAGAACAUCCGGCAGCUGGAGCUGGAGACGCAGCUGGCUCUGGCACAGAAGAUGGCGCAGUAUAGCUGCAACGAGGAGGGCGGUGAGAACAACGGCGCCGUCACCAGCCCCGAUAAAGAGCACGAAGCCAAGGAGGCCAUCGAAGCUGAGGGGACGACGAGGAACAUGGGGGACACGCUGCAGGCGCGAGGAGAGCUGACCAAGCAGUGGUCCACCUCUUCUAGGUCCUCACAUUCCUCUAAGAGAGGGGGAAGUCCUUCACGCCACAGCAUUUCUGAAUGGCGCAUGCAGAGCAUCGCCAGAGAUUCGGAGGACAGCACAGACGACGAGUUCUUUGACGCUCACGAGGGCUUCUCUGACAACGAGGAGAUCUUUGCCAAGGAGAUCACCAAAUGGAGCUCCAACGAUCUGAUGGAUAAAAUCGAGACAGCGGAGGCAGAGGAAGCCCAGGGUGACUAUCAAGAAUCGGGUGGGGAGUUUUCUGGGACUGCCAGCGUGGAGCGACUCAAUGAGAGACGCAGAUCCAUGCGGCGCUGCAGCGUCCGUAAGCGUCGACGUACAGCACGCAAACGCCCAGCUGACUGUUCCUCACAGCAGUGCUUACAGCCGUCCAAGAUCCAUGUCCUCAUCCUGGUCCUGCACGGCGGCAACAUCCUAGAUACGGGCAGCGGAGACCAGAACAGCAAGCAGGGGGACGUCAACACCAUCAGCAGCGCGUUCGAUGCUGUGAUGCGGGUUCAUUACCCCACUGCAUUGGGUCGCAUUGCCAUCCGCCUGGUUCCGUGUCCGGCCGUGUGUGUGGAGGCCUUCUCUCUGGUGUCAAAUUUGAGUCCCUACAGCUAUGACGAAGGCUGCCUCUCCAACAGUCAGGAUCACAUCCCUCUGGCCGCCCUGCCCCUAUUGGCCACCUCUGCACCACAGUACCAGGACGCCGUGGCAACGGUCAUAGUGCGAGCCAAUCAGGUCUACAGUGACUUCAUCAAAUCCCUGGAGGGAGCCACUUUCACCGGACAGGUGUGUCUGAUUGGUGACUGUGUGGGAGGCAUUCUGGGAUUUGAUGCUCUCUGCAGCAGCAACGUCACCGUGUCAGAGAGUCAAAACAGCAGCCGACGUGGCAGCAUUGACAAUGACCUGCUGUCACCGGGGAUCAUUAUAAACAGCACUCACUGCUCGGGUUUGACUCUGGAGGGCAGUCGGCACCUCAGCCGCAGUAAUAUAGACAUUCCUCGUUCCAGCGGUCCAGACGACCCCAAAAAACAGCUGCCCCGCAAACGCAGCGACUCCUCCACCUACGAGCUCGACACCAUCAAACAGCACCAGGCCUUCCUGACCAGUCUGCACUCCAGCGUUUUGAGGAACGAUCCGGGUUCUCGCCGGUCCAGCAGCAGUACCAUGCUAGAGGGAGGAGGAGCGCUGGGAAAGUUUGACUUCGAAGUAUCUGACUUCUUCCUCUUCGGCUCUCCGCUAGGCCUGGUCCUCGCUCUGAGGAAAACCGUCGUCCCUUCUUUGGACAUGGCUCAUCUUCGUCCAGCGUGCCAGCAGGUUUACAACCUGUUCCACCCGGCGGAUCCCUCUGCCUCACGUCUGGAGCCUCUGCUGGAGAAGCGCUUCCACCUGAUGCCACCGUUUAGCGUGCCGCGCUACCAGCGCUUCCCGCUGGGUGAUGGCCAGUCAGCGCUGCUGGUGGAAACCAUCCAGAGUAACCCUCACCUCCUGUUGGAGAGUGUGAGCUGUGCCGCCCAGCGCUGUCAGGAUGGCAUCAGCGAGACUUCCAUUCCCGUCCCUGUGCUCAACUGGCAAGCCACGCCGGCCCCCGCUGAGUCGGACGCGAUGCAGUCUCACAGCAUUAUGUUUGCGGAUCACUCCAAUCCUUCGUCUCCGGCAUCUGUUCCAGCCUUCCGCGGGGCGCGCAGGGCCAGUGAAACCAGCAUCGCCAGCCAGGUGUCGGGGUUAGCGGACAGUUACACCGCCUCCAACAUCGCCAACAUAGCGCAAGCAUGCCAACUUAGUCUCUCCAAAAAGCUCAGUCUUUUGUCCCAAUUGGCGCUUCCCUAUAAUAAAAGCGGCUCCCGAAGCCAUUCCCCCAAAUCCAGCAAAGCGCCAAAUAAGCAGCAGGUAGAAAGGCAGGAUUCCAGCUGUUUGGAUGAUUCAGAGCAGAGUGUCUCUCUAGGCUUUGAGCCCUCACCCUCGCUCGCCUCAGACCCGCCAUCUCCAUGUGUCCCGCUGGACAUCGAGCAAGUCGCUGCUCGCUGGUGGGGCACGAAGCGCAUUGAUUUCGCUCUGUAUUGUCCUGAUGCUCUGACUGCGUUCCCCACCGUGGCUCUACCUCACCUGUUUCACGCCUCCUACUGGGAAUCAACGGACGUUGUGUCUUUCCUGCUCCGACAGGUAAUGAGGCAUGAGAACUCCAGUAUUUUAGAAUUAGAUGGGAAGGAGGUUUCAGAAUUCACUCCGUCCAAACCGCGGGAGAAGUGGAUAAGGAAGAGGACCCACGUGAAGAUCAGGAACGUUACGGCAAACCACCGCAUGAACGAUGCCGUGUUUACAGAGGACGGGAAUCAGGUGGUCAUGGGUCGCUUCAUAUACGGGCCGCUGGACAUGGUCACACUGACAGGAGAGAAGGUGGACAUCCACAUCAUGACCCAGCCUCCGUCCGGCGAGUGGGUGUAUUUCAGCACAGAAUUGACCAAUAGCAGCGGCCGGGUUUCCUACACCAUUCCUGAGAGCAAGCGGCUGAGCGUCGGCGUGUAUCCGGUCAAAAUGGUGGUCAGGGGCGACCACACAUCUGCUGACAGUUACCUGACGGUGCUGCCGUGCGGCACUGAGUUCGUCGUGUUCAGCAUCGAUGGCUCUUUUGCUGCCAGCGUGUCCAUCAUGGGCAGCGACCCUAAAGUGCGAGCAGGAGCGGUUGAUGUGGUCAGGCACUGGCAGGAUCUGGGGUACCUGAUAGUGUACGUGACGGGACGUCCAGACAUGCAGAAGCAGCGUGUGGUGGCCUGGCUUUCACAGCACAACUUCCCUCAUGGGAUCGUGUCCUUCUGCGAUGGGCUCGUACACGACCCCCUCCGACACAAAGCCAACUUCCUCAAGUGUCUCAUCACAGAGGCACAUAUGAAGAUCUUCGCUGCUUAUGGCUCCACUAAGGACAUCUCUGUGUACACGUCACUGGGUCUGUCGCCAUCACAGAUCUACAUCGUAGGGAGACCAACGAAGAAAAUGCAACACCAGUGUCAGUUCAUCGCCGACGGCUACGCGUCUCACCUGUCCCAGCUGGAGUACAAUCAGAGAUCGAGACUCGCUAAGACCGGCAGCACUCGCAUGGUCCUGCGGAAAGGCAGUUUCGGGCUUGGCGGCAGUAGCGAUUUCCUGCGGAAGCGCAAUCACCUGUUGCGCACCAUUUCCUCGCAACCCACAUCCUCCACGCCACCCGUGCAGAUAGGACGUCCUGAACGUGCGCAGAGCCAAUCGGAAUGUGACCGCGAGCGGGCAGAACGUGCCCAGAGGAGCAUGAGCAUCGCUGCCGGCUGCUGGGGCCGAACCAGCAAACUAGAGGGUGGAGCCCUGAGCCCAAAAUAGGCUCCACCCACCAGGUCCAAAUUCUGGAGGCACUUCAUUCUGGGGGCACAUGGGGCUGCAGGAUCGGACACAACGAAAUCUCACAGUAUUACAACAGACUCUGUGACCGAACCUCACGGCAUUACUAUUGUUGCAUGGGAAUUGUUUUCGUUCAUGUUUCAGUUUUUUUAGUCCGGCAGCCAAAUAUUUUCCAGAAAUCUAGCGCCUUACGCAUGUCUCUGGGUCGUGGCCCUCGCCUCUGACUUAACUGAAUGUACUGUUGGGACUGAAACACGGAUCGUUGGGUGGGUAUGGACUUUUCCCGCUUUUCCUAUAAUUCCCCUUCCAGUGUCCGCAGAGAUUCCCACACAUGUAAAUACGUGCCUCCUCUUACCUGCUCAGGGCAGCCAUGAACUCGAGGAGCUGAUAAGACCCAGAGACCAUUUCACAUCCCUCUUCUCAUUGGUUUCUGUUGGGCCGGCCCAUAUCGGCAGCCUCUCCGAGUCGAAUCCCAGCAGCAUUUGGCAAUAAGGAUCAAAUCGCGUCACACCAAACUCCGUCUGCAGGUCAUCAGAGGCCUUAACCUCUUGUUCAGAGCACGAACGAACUCUCAAAGGAACAGCUAUCCCUUUACAAGGCCAUCUGCUUGCAAUACCUCCGGGAUGCCACCUCGACAUGGGCUGCUGGGUCACGUUUCUUUCCUUCUUGCUGUUUUGUUCAUUUCUGAGCCACCAAACACGAUCGUAAGCACACGCCACAACUGCUGAAGUAAAACUUUUUCGCUGCUGCUGUUGCUGUCGACGUGGAGAGAAUUUCCCAUCGAGGACGCGCCGUGCAGCUCGCUGUAUUUGCAUGACGACAACGGACAAUUUUUCCGAGAUUUCGCUCAAUAAUUUUCUCUCAAAAUCCUUUGCACUCAUUUCCUGGGUGAUCGGGGAGCGAUUCGCUCGAUCCCGCCGAUGGCCAAAACGAUUCAUUUCGAAAGCUGUAGUUCUGCAACUGCAUAAUCUCAUUGUUUUUUUUUUGCACUAGUGGAAUAGUGGAGGUCCUUGUUACCAUCUCAUGUCGCUACAUAAUGUUCGCGUGUAGUACAUGACCCUUAUUAUUUAUGGCAGGGUAUUUUGUGCGCAUAUGCACGAUUAUAUAUUUCUCUGAUAUAUAGGAAACAGCGAAAAGAAAACACAAGAAAUAUGCCAAAACCAGGCAGAUCAUAGGAACCGAACACGUCUGACGUUUCCAGAGCAUUGUAGCAACGUUCCCCAAGCGCUUCGAUGGCACAUGUAUAAUGUUUUUAAGAUUUUAGAUCAUUUUAGAUCAACUUCAGUCCUUUAAAGUUCAGUUAUCUAUGAUAUUGUCCAUAUGUUCAUAUGUAAGUGAUUGAGGUAUAUAGAAAUUGUGCUUUUAAUUUUCGCGAUUUUAGAUCGGACAGCAUGACAGAGUCGUGAAACCGUACGCGGUUUGUUUCUGUAUCAUGACCACACUGGAAUAGCCAUGCUGCAUGUGCGGACUUGUUCUUCGAAUCAAACCGGGAGGCUUCGAACGUGGCCUUCGUCCGGAGCGGAUGUUCUGAAUGGAACUUUAAACAGUGUAGAUACUGUAAAGAUGUAAAUUUCACUAAAUAGUAUAUGUUACGGUCAGAAUUUAUUUAUUUCUGUAGCUCCAUAAGAUGAUGGAUAUUUCAGGUUUCCAUGUGUUGCUUUAUUCUUUUGUCCAACAGUUCUGAAAUGCUUCUUUUAACGGACCAAUGAUGUGUCUCCUUGUGCAUAAUCGUUGACAGUGUUUCCGUAGCAAAACUCUAGUCGACGCCGCCACCGCCACCGCACGGACAAUCAGUUCAGCAAACAAACAAGGCAAGGAGCACACGCACCUACACGUGUACAAAAACGCUCUUAUUCUGCAGACCUUCUGGAGACCUCAUACUCUGGAAACCAGUUUAUAGCAUUGAAAUUUCCACGUAAUGUGAAUCAGAAUUGUGAAUGUGGUUCUGUGAUAAAUUUGCUCCAAACAACUGAAUUUAAAUUGGUGCUGUACAACUCUGAAAUGGCAUUUGGACUGAUAUUACUAGUUUUAAUGUGUCUAGUUUGGUAGACAUCAGGUUUCUCCAUUGAAUAUGUUGAAAGGUUUAUGAACUUGUACCACUGAUAUCUAGAUGAUCUUGGUUGUUGGUUUAUGAUUUGAAUGUUAACCACUGAACAAAUUCUUAGUCUGGAAAUUGCAAAUUUCUGUUGCGUUAUUUCACAAACACACUCUUGCCAUCUGAACUGACCUGUUUUCAAGCUACUUUCCACCAGUGUUGGGCAAGUUGAUGCGCUCCAUUGAGUUUUAUUUCCAAAUUGCAGAUGCAUCGCAGGGAAUCGUACAAAAUUGUGAUCGACAUUCGUGCCACAGUUUUUACACGACAAAUAUACGUUUAAACAUUCGCGGCCUCGCUUGUAGGCCGGUGUACGAGUAUUAUAUCCUCAGAUAAACCAGAUUAUAGCCACUUUUGUACUUUGCAUGUCACAGAAGAGCUUUCGUACACUUUCCUGUACUCUUCAAUAAUGGGCCACACUACAAACCUCCAAUUUCUAGUGAUUACGAAUAUGCUGUUGUCUAUAUAGAUCAUUCAUCAUAUCAAUUGUUACUACCAAAUAUUUAAAUGAUUUUAGUGUUAAUCCCAAAUCCAAACAUUUUUUUUUUUUACUGACAUCGGAGUAUUUGCAUAUAUUAAAAGACUUGAAUGCAUAUAAAUACUGGUCAAAUGUUGUCAUCUACAGUAUUUUUGACAUGAAAAUGCUGUCAUGAUUAGUGUGCAGGUGUUCCACAACACAAGCUCAUUGGAUGAAAUAAAUAUGGCUGAAACAUCCCUGCCCCAUCUUGUUCGUUGCCAAAACUUGCUGUGCAAAUAAUUUCAAAUGAAUCACUUUCCCAGCUAAUUUUCGAUGAUGAAUGGAGACGUACUGCAGGUUCAUUUUACAUUCCUGUUGACGUACUGAUCUGGGCUGCAUUUCCCAAAAGCAUCGUAAACCUAAACUGAUCAUUGCUCCAUUGCUGACAAUGGUUCUACGAUCAAUUUAGGCUUACGAUGCUUUUGGGAAACGCAGCCCUGGACUGACUCGCUCCUUUACAGUUUUCUUACCAGGUCGGUGGUUCAGUGCUCUCAUAUGUAUAACUGUAUGUACUGUGGAUUAAAAACAGUUGGACAACUGU